AUGACAGAACCACGUCAAACAUAUGUUAAUCUUGGCCCUGAGUUACCCGCUGAAAAUGAGUUCCUACGUGGUAAAGCCUUGCUUCAAAGUAUGCAUAGUAGUUGUGGUGCUGGUGGAGGUGGUAUAGGCGGUCCAAAACUUCACGAUGAAAAUCGACAAAGUGAUCCAAGAACAGGGAAUCUUUAUGAACAUUUAGUCACACUGCUGAAGUUGAUCUUAGAAACUCAACCUACACACGCAUUGGAUCAGUUUGAAAUGUUAAGUUAUCAAGUGAAACGUGAGCGAGGUGGAGGAACUGGUGGCUCUGGAGCGGGAGCUGGUCUUGUACAAGAAGACAUUGAAGCAAGAGCGCCAACUGAAGAGGCAGUGUCGGCAGAUUAUAAACAUGCCAAGAUUGAAGGAACUUUAUUGAAGCAUCCGAAACAUAAAUGGGAUGAACCCCCAUAUUCCAAGUCAGCUUUACCGACAAACUGGGGUGGUAUAUUUGAUAAUGAAGAUGAAAUUCAACGUUUACAAAAUCUUGGUAUUACAUCGUUUCUUAUUGAACAAGGUGGUAUUGGUCUUGGACGCACAGAAAUGCUGCGUGUCUGGUUAAGUAUACGUAAAUUAUCGUUGAAAUUAAAAACUAUUGUCAAACUAAGAUUUUGGGGUAAAAUUAUGGGCACUGAGAGCAGUUAUUACAUUGCUGAAGGUGAAUUUGAAGCGGGAAUGCCACCAGACGAUGGAGUUCCAGCUCCAUAUGAUGACUGGCGACCUUAUGAACACAAAAGAGAAGAAAAUCCAUCAAUGAUUCGUAAGGAAUCAACCUAUGAAGAAGAUACUGAGAAAGAACCUUCACCAACCAAUGAAUUAUCUGAAGAACAAAUGAAAUUAAAUGAAGCCCGAAAAAUAUUUCUACAAGAUUUACCAAAAAAUAAGUGGUGCCCCCUAGCACCAAUCCCACCAGAACCAAGAGGACGUGGUCUUAAUCGAUGGGAUUAUUUCGCCUGUACAAAUCUUGGUAGUGAUGAAUGGUUUCGACUGCCGCCAGUUAGAGCGGAACAUAUCUUUUAUGCCCGGAAUAUUAGACGGCUGUUUACAGGUAGACCGGAUGCUCCUGUGCAACAAGGCCCCGGUGGGUUAGGCGAAUUUCAUGGUUUGGAGGUUCACUUAUUGCGAGCACAAAUAGCAAGGAUUACAUCAGCAUGUUGGAUAGCACCAGCAGGAAUAUAUGAAAUAGAUGAAGAAGCAGAAUUGGAAGAAGGCGAACAACCUGAAACGCUGAUGGAAGUUGAAGAAUUCGAACCGCCAGAAUUUGAAGAAUUAUUAGACAGAAAUAACUGGUUACAUAUAAGACCUUAUAUCCUACCACAAGGUCGAUGUAGUUUCAUUUCACAGAAACAAGCUGCAAGUACAUUAAAAGAUGUACUUGAUAAUAUAACAAACAAGAAUGAUAACAACAAAGAAAUAGGGUGGUUUCAUCCAACUGUCAUCGAGAAAUGGACUGAAAGAUUUAAAGCUCAAGAAGAGAAGGCUGAUGAAGAACUUGAAGAGGAAGAAGAAGAGGUCGGUGUUGGUGGUGCAGGAGCUGAAGAACCUCAAGAAGGUCCUGGCUUACUAGGCACAAUUGAGGAAGAUGCUGUACUCAUCCCAUUGGGUGAUAUUGGUCUACCGACAGGAAGAGCAAAUCGACCGAGAUCACGUUCUAUUACAUUAACAUCACGACCGCUGAUUGCAUGGAGAGUGAAACCGUCGAGUGUACUGUUGCCGAAAAAUUGUUGUGUUGCAAUAGUUAGUAGUGGUAGAUGGCCAGGUGCAUAUUCACUAGGUAGAGGAGGUGAUUUUGUCAAUGUAUACGUUGGUUGGGGACAAAAAGUGUUGAGUGGUUCAUUUUCCCCUCUACGUUUACCAAAACCGAUGAGUGAGUAUAAUGAAGAAGAGCAACCGACUGGCGAAGGCACCUUGUCAGAAGCCAACGACCCAACUCCACUAGAAGAAGAAGCUCUACGAGAGCUGAAAGAGGCACGUCGAUUAGCACGUGAAGCAAAAGCUGAAGAAGAGGAAGAGAAUGAAGGUGGUGAGGAGGGUGAAGAGGAAGAGGAUGAAGAUUAG